CUAGGGAUGGUGUAUAGCCUCUCCCAAAUUGGCCUUAUGUGUGCUAAUCCCUGUGAGAAUCCUGGGGACUUCAAAUCCAUUCACUUCGGAUGACAUCAUAAUUACUCUUGGUGGCAUUAUUUUUACAUCACCAUGGAUGCAGAGCAUUUAUCUGAGGACCUUUCUGGUAGGAGCUCUGUGGUAGCAGAUGAGAUGGAGACUGCACCAUAAAUGUUAACAGUGCUCUUUGGGACUCAUUAAGGAGUAGGAAAGAAUUGCAUGGUCCCGUUUUUGGAGGAGAGAAGUGUGUAUGGCCAUAGUUAAAUUUUAAUAUCAAUGUUUGCAGGCAGCACAAUCUCCCUGUGGUUUUAGGAUCACUAUGGGGCUUGGGCUUCAUCCUGGAGGUCACUGAGUACCAUCAAUUAUAGACAGUUUUAUGGACAGUCUUCCUUGGUUUGAGUCUUCACGCUUGCUCUUAGUGCCUGGACUCAGCCAUGACUUAUGCUGGGAUGUGAGAAAGAAGGUGGCUCUGAGAAUAGGCAAAGUGCCUACCCCCGUUGAAUGAAUGAAUUUAUUAUUUCGGUCACAGACCAGUUCCAGCUCACAUACAAAAUCCCCCAUUGAAUACUACCCCAUUGAAUACUGCUGCCACCCCCACAUGACUAAGGGAUUGUAGGCAGGAGGUUCAUAAACUGAUCUCUCUACUCAGGUCCUUCUUAUUUUCUGUUCUUUCACCAUUGAAAGCUAAGGCCACUUAAGCAUAGUCACAGCUCCUGCCUGGCUGCUCUUCUCCUGAGUUUUGUGUAAAAACUAGAGAAGAUCUGUCCCAUCCUCUGGUGAAAUGGAGCACAUAAAACAUGGGCUGGAUUUCCUUAACAUUCUAGGGAGUCAUGUAUUCAAAAAAUCAUAAUAAUGGAAACAUAGAGUUGGACAAUAAUUCACAGGACUGGAACUUAUUGUGCUGGAAAAUCACUCAUCACUUUUUGUCUUGACAUUGGUCAUGGUAGGCAAACAGAUGCUUCCUGGCAUUGCUGGUGUGCUCUGAGGCCUGCUAUUCCCUUGAGCUCCUUAUGUCGAGACUUAAAGGAGAAGGCUGAGCUGCCGGAGGAACACACAAUCCUUCCUUGAUCUCAAGGCAGAUGAGAGACAUUCUUAAGAGCGACUGUUUGGUGAAAUGCAAACGCACCAAUCACUGACCGUGAGUAUUAGAAGAUACAAGCUUAAUGGGGCCAUCCUUGUGGCUUAAAGUUUUAAGUAAGACAGGAAAAGAUAUGUUUGGUAAUUUUAUAAGUUUGACGAAAUGAGACUCAUAUAUCAAGACAGGUGUACAUGGAACGGGAGCAGUACACAGAAUGUUCUAGAAGGGAUGCUGAGAUGAAUAAAAAUAUGGUUUAGAUGAGAUGAAAAUACGUAUAAGGGCAAUACUAUGAUCAGGCCAACCAAAAUGUCAUGAAAUGAUGUGGAGGCUUUUGAGUUCUUCAGAGCUUUUCAUCAGGUAGUAACAACGGCAGGGAAAGGACAAAUAAAUCAGGCUCAUGGUGGAACAAUAAAGUCUUCAUGUGGUGACAGGCACAAGGGAGAAUGUGAGAAAAUCCAGCCGUAAAUAAUGAACCAGCAAUUGACUAGGAGGAAGAGGAUCUAGCAGUGAGUACAGUGGUACCUUGGGUUACACACACUUCAGGUUACAGACUCCACUAACCCAGAAAUAGUACCUCAGGUUAAGAACUUUGCUUCAGGAUGAGACCAGAAAUCACGUGGCGGCAGCGCGGCAGUAGUGGGAGGCCCCAUUAGCUAAAGUGGUGCUUCAGGUUAAGAACAGUUUCAGGUUAAGAACGGACCUCCGGAACGAAUUAAGUACUUAACCUGAGAUACCACUGUAUAUAAAACUAUCAGUCUCCAUGUUCCCUGCAGUUAGUUAACAACUCCCUGUCAAGCCCUGUGGCUACAGUACACUUGUUCCAGCUUCCACACAGGUUGCUGGCCAUUGACAAUAUCACCACUUACAUGCAACGCACAAAGAGGUUCUGACAAGUCUCAGUACUUUAAAGACCUAAAAAUGACUUUGUCAGAUGAUCUGAUCUAAGAACCAUCUAAUUAAGCAUUGUGUUUCUCACACGGGCAAAACAUUGGUCUCUGGGAAAUUCAGGUACAGGGCAUGAAUGUGAUGGCUAGGAACUAAUCUUUGCUUCUCAGAGUGAUAAAGUGUCUGAGCAGGGACCUCAAAUUCCUGCUUAGUAUGACUCAAGGCUAUAUGCCUAACACCUUGAAAAGCAAAGAAGGCCUUAACUUGUGUAUGCCUGUAGCCUCCAACAUGUUUACUUUCUCACACUUUUGCUUUCAAACUCUUCCAGGAAAGCUCCUCGCACAGGGGAGAAAUGGAGAACAUCACCCUGGUGACAGAAUUCAUCUUAAUGGGCCUUUCUGAUCUCCCAGCUGUCCGCUUCGCCCUCUUUGCUGCCUUUUUGCUCAUCUACCUGAUCACCUUGUUGGGGAACGGCACCAUUCUUCUUGCCAUAGGAGCUGACUCCCACCUGCACAACCCCAUGUAUUUCUUCCUCACUAAUCUUUCCCUGCUGGACAUCUGCUGCCCUACAGCUACAGUGCCUAAGAUGCUGGAGAACCUCUUGUCAGAGAGAAAUACCAUUUCCUUUGUUGGCUGUGUGCUGCAACUCUACUUCCUUGUAGCCUUGGCCGGGACAGAGGUCUUUCUCUUAGCUGCCAUGGCUUAUGACCGCUAUGUGGCCAUAUGCAACCCUUUACGAUACACGGUUAUCAUGAGUAAGAAGCUUUGUCUUCAGAUGGCUGCUGGUACAUGGGUCACAGGGUUCCUCAACUCCUUGCUGCACACAGUCAUGACUUUCACUCUACCUUAUUGUAAAUCUAAUAGAGUUAAUCAAUACUACUGUGACAUCCCUCCAGUCUUGGCCUUAUCAUGCGCUUCCACCUAUGCGGCUGAGAUGGUUGUCCUCAUUGUUGGUGGGAUUUUUGGUGUGGGGGCUUUUCUGGUGACACUGGUCUCCUACAUCUACAUCAUCUCUACCAUCCUUAGGAUCCGUUCUUCCGAGGGAAAGCGCAAGGCCUUCUCCACUUGUGCUUCUCAUCUUAUGGUGGUGUGCCUCUUCUAUGGGACGACCAUCUUCACUUACAUAAGGCCUUCCUCCAGCCACCAUCCAGAUCAAGACAGGCUGGUGAGCAUGCUCUAUGGGGUGAUUACCCCCAUGUUGAACCCCUUGAUCUACAGCCUCAGGAACAAGGAGGUGAAAGGGGCUUUGAAGAGGGUCAUUGUUAAUAAACGCCAAUAAAUUUGGAAUGGGG